AUGGUAGCAGGAAUAAGUAGCUUGGUCAUAUCCUCGUCAGAUGGACAUGUGCUUAUUACGGACACCCCUGAACAUUCAACAACGAUAGAAGAGGAGGAAUUGGUUAAAGAAGUUGAAACGAAGCAAAAGGAAGAGGCGUCGAAAGAGAGAAGGAGGAAAAUCUCACUUCACUUGUUGAUGUUAUCUCUAUUCUUGGUCACGUUAUCUGUUUCUCAGCUAAUUUGCAUGUCUCGUCUUCGAGAAAAGUAUCUGCACUCGCCACCUGAAGGGAAAGGGAAAAGCCAAAGUAUCAUUGAAACUGCUAGCCCAUCCCAAUCACCUCUGCCAGGUCAAAUAAGCAGACAAACGCCGGCAUCGUCAUUACGCUCCGGAAAAGGGUCACAAAAGUCAGGAAAGAAAACAUUAGACUUCUUCAACGUCUAA